GAUCAAUCACAUCACAAAAUGGCCGUUUGUUGUUUUUAUUCGUAGAGUUCUUAUUUGGCUUUGCUUACAUUAUUUGAUUUACAUCUGAUGAUUUAAUGGGAUAACUUCUUUAAUAAAACGGUCUACCAUGACAAGUUUAAUAGAAAAAAUCGAAAAACUUAUUAAAAGGGAGAAAACAACCCCUGAGCGAAAACAAAAAGAUGACUGCACAAAGUCGUCGAGUGAGAUUCUUUCUGAACUUUUCGGUGCUUUUAACGCCGCACCGCCGAAAAUAGAAGAAGUUUCGUCUAAAAAAUCCAAGAAGAGUAAAAAGAAACACAAAAAGGAGAAGAAAAAACGUAGUAGGAGUAGCAGCAGUAGUAGUGAAUCUGAUAGUUCCUAUUCACACAAGCGUAAAAAAAGAAAAAAGAGUAAGUCUAAAAAACGCAAAGAUAUCGAUCGUUCACCUUCACGACGCCGAUCGAGAAGUCCUAUCAAAAUCAAACCUGAUCCUGAGUUAAAAAUAAAACUUGAAAAUUAUAGUCGAACUAAAAAUGUUAAGGUUAAAAAGGAGGAUGAUAAGCCAGAGGUCAAGGAAGAAAAAUCUAAACAUGAAUCUAAAGAAGAUAAGAAAACAAUCAUCAAGAUUGAAGAACCUGAAGAUGUGAAUAUAAUUGACACCAGUCUCAUUCCAAUGCCAGAUUCUCCUAGAGAACACCUAGAUCCGAAUGAUUUGAGGGUUAAGUUAGAUAGUAAGAAAAAUGAUACAGAGAAUGAUAAAGCUAAAGGUAAAAUUCAGAUUAAGAAUUUAAAAUUCAGUACUGUGUUUGAGGAAACGGUAAAGAAAGCUGAAGAGGAGGCAAGAAGGAAGAAGGAGAAAUAUGAAGAAGGGGAAUACACAGACUCAUCAAGUAGCUCUGCUGCUGAAGUUAUUUCCAAUUUCCCCAAGACUUCUGACCCUGGAGGCAUAUUGAAACAGCAAGCUGCAGAGGAAGCCAAACAGGAAGUGUCUGAGGAAGAAAAACCUUUAUCAAAGAAGAGUAAGCGUUCAGAGAGCUCACACAAAUCUUCAACAAAAGACAGGAGUAGAUCUCGUAGAAGAUCCACAAGCAGAUCUCGUAGAUCUCGGUCCCGUUCAGCGUCUCGAAGACAUCGCCGGUCCAGUUCGAAGUCGAGACGAAGAAGCCGGUCCCGACAUGGAUCUCGAUCGAGGAGGUCCCGGUCUCGGUCGCGGACGAGAGCCCGCCAUCACUCGCCGAGACAUAGAGGCAGAAGAUCAAGAUCUCCAAGCGGCGUGAAACUGGCGGACAGCGAGAAGAAGCGUCUGCUGGAAGUGGCUCGCCGGAACGCCAUCAACAUGCUGAAGAACGGCGCGGUGCCGGCCGGCGCCGCCGCGCUCCCGCCGCACACUCGCAGCCAGGUCAUGGCCGCCAUACAGUCUGGUGGAAAAUCAGUAGACGAGCUGACAGAUUUCUGCAAACAUCUGUCAAAGAAAGAAGCGCUUGGUGAAUUGUCUUCCGUCUCAUCCAACGAUGAAGAUAUGAGCGAGAACGAAGACACGCUGGCUUUCCACCAUCCUUUCCUGGUUAAAGAGAAGGCGCCCAUUGUAAUGAAUAUUAGGGGUGGCGCUCCACUGCCCAUAAAGACAAGUACGUUACCCGUGGCCAACAAGGAGGAACUUCGUCUCCAAUUCCCGGUGUCUUCAGGUUCACAACACAGGGAGAAGGCAUCAGAAUGGGUUCCUGUAUCGCCGCCUCGAAAAGAUAUGCAAGUCGCGAAGUUGAAUUCAAACACGAAUCCAAAACCACCAAAAGCAAUUGCAGCUCCUGAGACUGUGAAAGCGAUCCCAACACCGGCGGCUCCACUGGCGUUACCAGCGCCACCUGUGAACACCCCAGCUUAUAUGAAGAGUUUCACCACUGGCGCCCAGCUAACGUCGGUGCCGACGCCGGCAUUACCCGCGCCGGGACCUCAAGCCUACCCACCUGGAAUUGAACCACCGAAAAUUGAUGUGGCGUCCAUAGUAUCACAAAAGAUAGCAAUGAUUCGCCAAGAACAGGAACGGAACGAACUCUCUUCUAAUCGAGGUUUUGGAUGGAGUUCGAAGGAAUCAACUUUGGGCCAAUUUACGGGGUCGACGGGGGCUCAAAUUCUGACGCCCAAAGAAUUGGCGAGCGGGGCCCAAGCUUGGGCCAAAAAGCCACAACCUCCGCUCGGGAUUGCCACGCGGUCCGCGCCCGGUCGGAACUUAUAAUACAGUGUAUUAUACCUUCCGACCUAUUGUUGCAUUGUGAUGGUUACAACAACAUUUCUUGUCCAAAAAUUAUUAAACAAUACAAAUUAUACAGGGUUAUUUGGUAUCAAACGUAUAACUUUCCCAUAAUGGCUAAGGUACGCAGGAACAUAUGUACAUCUUUUGUUCUGCGACUUUUGUCUAAACCUAAUAUUAUAAAUACCAAAAUAUUCACUCUGUGAAACGGAACUCUGUUUUUGACAGCGCAAACGCAACAUCAAUUUAUAUGCGUGAUUUGACAUUACAUUGAGUAAGAUGUGCAGAUUUCCAAACCAGAAUUUAUGUAUUUAUUUUUGUAUGCAAAAAAAAAACAAAAAAAUUAACAAGUGUUGUUUGUUUUGAUGUACCCAAGUAGUCUUUAGAAGGUUGUACGUUAAAUACCAAUAACUAUGUAUGAAACUCCGAGUUACUCACUGACUUACUGACAAUGUACAUUCGGAACUGCUGGGACGUAGGUAGAUAAAGUUUGAAAUUUUAUCUUUUUUGGGAAAUAUAACGAUUUUUUUAAAAAUACCCAAUGCACCCGCACUAUCUUACAUUUAAUAUGUAUAAAUAAGAAUCCCAAGUUUAUAAGUCUAUCGGAAUUUAAGAAUAGGAUUUAAUAUGAGGCUUAGGUAACUACCCGAAACAAAUAAGUAUAAAAUCUAGUCAUUCAAGAUAGCCACAUAAUUUGAAUAUGCUAUAUUGCACGUAUCGAUAAAAUCAACAUUAGAUGCUUACUAAUACAUGUGACGUUAUAUACCUUAAAUGUACCGACAUGUUAUCAUCAAAAAUAGAUUGUAUUCUGUGUGUUCGUGCCAAAUUCUUUUAUGAAGUAGCACUUAUUGUAUGUUAUCAUACAACUGCUAAUUGGAAGACCUUAUUGGUUUAGAAAUACGUGUUGUGUUUGUUUGACGAUAUAUUUAUUUUCGAGAAAAAUAAUAAGGAUGGCUGAUUAACUCCGGCAAAAUUACAUAGGACACAAAUUCAGACGUAAAAUUUUGUUUAAGACCUUUGGGUAAUACAUUAAUUAUCUACAAGUUGAGAUCAGCUAAUCGAUCGAUUCUUGCGCAGAAAGGCUGAUUUUUGAAAAACCACCCGUUGUAAUCCCUAUCUCUGAAUUCAAGUUUAUUAUUUCUAAACAAGAGACGAAUGUUGUUGUCACCAUCACAUUUUCCAUGUUCGUUUAUCGUGCGAAGCGUGAACUGAACCAGCAACCUUAUUCACGAACGUUGAACACUAUGCCUUAUCAUCUCUCUCUUUCUAUCAGUCCUGUCAAUUUCAAAGCGUGAAAGAGAGAGUCGAUAAAACAUAUUGCUUUUCAACCUACGUUAAUAAGUUCCCAGUUCGCUCUUCACACCAAAGUGCCUUGGCAUCGAUGGUAACUCCCAUGCCAUGCUUCAUGGCAUGAGAAUCACCAUUACCUAGCAUUGCAUACAAAUAUUCAGUGUUCCCCUCCUUUUUACACGUCACGACUGACUUGUUAUAUAUUUUUCUAUGUAUUCAUGUAAAUUUAUGUAUUUUUUUGCAAGUAUUGUAAUUAAUAUCUGCACAUAAAUGUUUUGUAAAAUAAAUAACCAAAAAUAUUUAAUGAUUUAAUUUCAAUAUGAUCAUAAGCACAAUGCUAGGCUGUAUCUUAUAAAAGGGCAUUGAAAGGAGAUGAUGAUUGGGGCUUCUUAGUGUGAUCCCAUGUCACUCAUCAACUUAAAUGCCGUGAGAGACAAAAAUAGGUGAUAUAUUAGCAAAGACUUUGUAUUUUUUACAAUGCUCAAUUUAUAUAACGUAACAAUUUUUAUAGUAUUUACUCGUAUUUGUCAGUCAGUUAUAUUUAUUUUACAAGCCUAGUGAUUCUGUGAGCAUUUUCAGUUAUUCCUUACUCUUUGGAGUUUCGAAUAUCGUUGGCUCAUAGAAAAGCAUGGCUUAUAUGGGGAAUUCAUGAAUAUUUGUUGCAGCUUUUAAUUGAUAAGGUGAUGCGAGCACUACGUUUCUCCAUGGCCGUCAGGUGAUAGGUGCAAAGAGUUAGAGGUAAGUAUCCCACCAACGGGAGGGAACAUCAAGAGGAAAAAUCCAUGUUUGAAAGUUCAAUUCUUUAUUUAAAUGUUUUUCAGAGAGUUUGCAAAUACAUUUUUUUUUUAUUUAUUUCUUCCAAAUUCAAAAAUCUUCACCUUAUGUUUGCCUACUUUUUUUUCGCCGUCUAACUUGUGUUUUAUGUAUAGGAUCAACUUGUACGAGCCGCGCCAGUGGAAGGCGGCAUGGGUAUGCACCUUCUACAGAAAAUGGGGUGGACCCCGGGCCAGGGGUUGGGUAAAGAAGGUACCGGAACCCUCCAACCUUUGCUCCUCGAAGUCAAGUUAGACACA